GGGUGCUUCUCUGUGCUGUCAGGAGGGUCCGGUGGGUCCUGAGGUCACCAUGAUGCAUCUGCUCUGCUUCUCUCUGCAGCCCCCGCCGCCGCUCCCUGCAGCAGCUCCCACUCAUGGAGCUCCUCGCCCUGUGCUGGGUGCUGCUGGCCGGCACCUUGCUCAGCACAUCGGCCGCCAGCAGCGCCCUGCACGACAGAGACCUCGGCCCCACCACGGUGCCGAUGGACAUGGCCCCCAACUCCUUUGAUGACCAAUACGAAGGCUGCGGGCAAAUGAUGUGGGGUAAGAUACAGAAGGUGAACUAUACUGAGUUCACCAAGAACUACGUCUACGCUGACGGCUGGAGGAAGGCAGCUGCGGAAUGGCAGAAGCGCUGGGGCCACCUCUCUCCCCCCCCACAGCUCAGACGGGAGCAGGCCAUCGCCGUGCUGGCAUACACUGCUGCAAGCAAGCUAUACCAGCAGCUGAAUGCAGCCACAGGUCAGGGUGGACGUUCCCAUCGGUACUAUUGCCUUUACUUCCACUUCAAGACGCUGCACUUCCUCCUGACCCAGUCGCUGCGUGCCCUGCAGGCAUCCCAGCCCUUCUGCUACAAAGUCUAUCGUGGUGUUGGGGGUGUCCGCUUCACAGCCCAAAGAGGGAUGGCUGUGCGCUUCAGCCAGUUCACCUCCACCUCCCUAAGGAAGGAGGUCGCAGUUAAGUUUGGCCGGGACACCUUGUUCGUGAUUAAGACCUGCUAUGGUGCCCCAAUCAAGCAAUUCUCUUUCUACCCCUUGGAGGAUGAAGUCCUCAUCCCACCCUUUGAAGUCUUUGAGGUCACCAGCUUCUCCGUCAUCAAUGGCAGAAACCAAAUCCAUCUCCGCUCUAAGGGGAAGAAGAGUAAACACAAUUGUGAGCUUCUAAAGCGUCCGUGUGGGCAGUGGGGUUGGGGCCACCAGGAGGUGGGGUUGGGGUUCAGCCCUGGGCCAGCUCUGCACUCCCUGGGCUGCUCCAACUGCAGCUGGUGGGGAUCGGGGCACAGAGAGGGUGACCCCAUCCCAGCAGCUCUGUAAGGGGAUGGGGAGUGUGGAGGUGAAGGGAGC